AUGUUGUUCCAGAAGAAGAAAGAUGGUUUGUUGCGGAUGUGCAUCGACUAUCGAGCUAUUAACAAGCUCACGGUGAAGAACAAGUGGUCCAUCCCUAACAUUGGCGACUUUUUUGAUCAACUCGGAGAAGCGAAGUGGUUCACGAAGCUUGAUCUUCGAUUGGGGUACUAUCCAGUGAGGAUAGCCGACUGGGACGAGGCGAAGACCACUUGCGUGACGAGGUAUGGCUCAUACGAGUUCCUAGUUAUGCCUUUUGGUCUAACCAAUACUCCUGCUAGAUUUUGCACAUUGAUGAACCAAGUAUUCGAGUCGUUCUUUGAUCGCUUUGUUGUGGUGUAUUUGGAUGACAUCGUGAUGUACAGCAACACACUUGAUGAGCAUGCCGAGCACUUAUGA